AUGGAUCGACUAAAAAACUUCCUGACGCCGGUGAAGGCAACAGACGACGAGUAUGAGCCGCUGGCAGACGACUCCUCAUCGACACUCGAGGAGGAAGGAGAGACAUACGAAGACCAGGCGCCUUUCUCAUGGAUAGAAUACGCCAUCUUCGCCUUGAUCGGUGUCGCCAUGCUCUGGGCAUGGAACAUGUUCCUCGCUGCUGCUCCCUACUUUCAAACCCGGUUCGAAUCCAACGAAUGGAUCCUCGCCAACUCCCAAUCCGCUAUCCUCUCCGUCUCGACAACCGCCAACCUCCUGGCUCUGCUCGUCUUGAUGAACAUCCAGUCCUCAGCCAACUAUCCUUUGCGUAUCAAGGCCUCUCUGAUCGUCACCAUUGCCGUCUUUGGUCUCUUGACCAUCUCGACUGUCGCCUUCCGCAAUGUCUCCCCGACCACCUACCUCGUCUUCCUGCUGCUCAUGGUCGGCGCCUCCGCCUGGGCCUCCGGCAUGUUGCAAAAUGGCGCCUUCGCCUUCGCCGCCAGCUUCGGUCGACCAGAGUACACCCAAGCCAUCAUGGCCGGCCAGGGCGUGGCCGGGAUUCUGCCCCCACUAGCACAAAUGAUCUCCUACCUCGCGGUGCCUCAGCCCGGCGAGUCCAACUCUCCCUCCAGCUCAACACCUGCCGCCACCACUACUCUCGACAGCACCCCAGAAGCGGCCCCCAGCACCUCGGCCUUCAUCUACUUUCUCACCGCCGUGCUAGUCUCCCUUGCCACCCUCGUCGCCUUCUACCCCCUCGUCAAGCGACACAACGCGCUCGUCGAAUCCCGCCUCAUGCUCGACGAAGACACCCAACAACUCCUCUCGCAGUCCAUCACCUCCCUCGAGGAAGCCGAGCGGCUUCGCCGACACUACGUCAGCCCUUCCACCCUUUUCCGCAAGCUCAACUGGAUCGCCGUCUCUGUCUUUUUGUGUUUUGUCGUAGCCAUGUUCUUCCCCGUUUUCACAGCCAAGAUCCUGUCCGUCCACGAUGACUCUGUCAUCUCCCCUGGCCCAGGAGAAAAAGCGUCGUCUAUAUUUACUCCCGGAGCCUUCAUCCCUCUCGGCUUCUUCUUCUGGAACCUCGGCGACUUGCUCGGUCGCGUAUCCCCCAUGUUCCUCCCCUUUUCACUGCGGGAUCGCCCCGUAGCCUUAUUCGCGGUGGCGGUCGCGAGACUGGUCUUCUUGCCCAUGUACUUGCUUUGCAACAUCCGUGGUCAGGGAGCGGUGGUGGAUAGCGAUCUGUUUUAUUUGUUGGUGGUGCAGUUGCCCUUUGGCUUGACGAAUGGGUGGUUGUGUACGAGCAGCAUGAUGGCUGCCGGGGAGUGUGUGGAUGAGGGCGAGAGGGAGGCGGCCGGCGGCUUUAUGAGUAUGUGUCUUGUAGGUGGCUUGUCGGUGGGGAGUUUGGCUAGUUUUAGCGUUGCUGGCAUCUGA